AUGAAACUUCAGAUUCCCAUCGUUUCUUGCCUUCUGGCCAGCCUGGGUGAUGCUCUUGAGACCCGGCCCAAGGCUUGCGGUCACUUUCCGACCUCAAUCCAAGAGUUCACAAGCGGAUUCCAGCAGCCGAAGCCACCCAUGGUGAAAACGGAGUUUCAAACCAGCUUCAUCCAGCACAAGUGGUACUUUGAAUACCAGCAAUCUCAACGUCAAAAAUGUCCGGUCACUGACGCAGCAUAUCAUGUCAGGAACGCGAAUCUUUCGCACGUCUCAUCUGGCUACCUAUACUUUUCACCAUCGCAGAAAAUGGUUCGUGCAGAUGAAGCCUACGAGGGAGCCCUGGCCACUUCGAUCUUCGACUACGGCAACACCACCCAGCAAGGCUUGGUCAUGAACACGGUGACCAGCUACAGCGUGGGCAGCCCAAAGCCCAGCGUGUGGAGUGGCUACGUGCUAUCCAACUAUCCCCUUUUCGCCGAGGAUUUCCUGAUCAAGGGUGAUGCUGUGUUUGGUGGCCUGGUCACGAGAAAUCUUCUGCAAGGUCAUGUCGCAUCUUGGAAUAUUAUGUUCAUGGGCUCGAUCCCUGUCACCGCUUUCGUGGAUGCAUGCGGCGUACUCGUUGGAUACGACUAUUUCUCCCCUGGGCUACGUACACGAGUGACUACUGAUUUCUUCAACACUGCCGUUGGGCCCGUGAAAAUCUGA